AUGUUGGGCCCGCCCAGCGAUGGCUUCCACAUGUCCGCCUGGAGAUCCAACCGCCUCUCUCCCAGGGAGGAGCAAGAGCUGGAGCUUGGGGACUUUGGGCCCUCCACAGACAACUCAGAGGUGGGGCUGGAGGAGGAGUUGUGGAGCCAGCGCCCCCCCUGGGAGGGCACGUUGCUGGGCAGGAUCAGGACGAUGAUGGCCAUGGAGCAGAGCCUGGCGCUGGAGACCAUCUGCCGCUGUCUGGAGGAACACAGCCAGCUCUACCUACAGAACCCAGAAAAGCAGGUGUCAGUGUUUGACAGCAGCGUGCACAAGUUCCUGGAGUUCCUGGGCCUGGACCCCAAGAAGUCUGAGGAGAAGGCUUUUCUCUUCCGCCUGUACGGGCUGAUCCUGCGGGAGUGUGCGUCCUCAGAGCGGGUGGAACACCACCUGGCCUGCCUCCUGGAGCUGUCCCACCAGCCCUCCAGCCAGCGUGAGGGCAUUGCGCUGGCCGUGGGCCUGGCGUCCGCCAGGCACCUGAAGGAGGUGUGGGCCCUGCUGGAGCACCUAGGCCGCACCAGGUUCCUGAGGUCGGUGGUCACGCCGGAAGAGAGCCAGGACGAGGUUCUGAAUGCCAGCUUCCUCACCGCGGCCAUCCUGCUCACCCGAGCCCUCAGGCGCGAGUAUGGCGCCCAGAACUACAAGUUCACACAGACGCCGGAGCUCAUCCACUGUCUCCUGAGCAUGCUCCAGAAGGAGCCCAACUUUCUGGCCACCCUCCUCCGGCAGAAGAUCAUCCUGGUCAUCGUGGGGCUGAGCAACCUGCGGCCCAGCCUCAAGCCUGUGGUGAAGUCCCGGGUCCUGCAGACGUGUCUGCGGAGCGUGUACUCGCUGCCCCCGCCGGAGGCACUGCGGAGCAGCCUGCCCCCGCUGGAGCCCGCCCCCGACGUCAUGGCGCUGUAUAAGAAGACAGAGCGCGCCCUCGAUCUGCUGCUCCAGAACUUCGUCUCCGAGAACCCAAGCAUGGAUGAGGUCUGCUUCCUCCUGCAGCACAUGGAGCACUGGCUGGAGUCAGAAAUGACCCACGAGGUCAAGCGGGCCGUGCAGUCCAUCUUCCUGCUCCUGCAGCACGUGGUGGGGUCCAUGAAGUUCGGCGGAGAAGCCAUGCCUUCCAUACUGGGCCACCAGAUUGGCCUGCUGACCUUGCUGUGGAGAGACAAGGAUGAGUGUACCCACUACCAUGCCCACCAGUGCGUCUUCCUGCUCCUGCAGCUCAUGGCUCAGCAGAAGGGGGUGUCGGUGGAUUUGUCACACUGGAAUAAAAUGAAGAACUUUGAAGCCAAGGCCUCCAAAGACUGGGAGGUGAAGCUCUCCCACACGGCCAAGGCCCUGGAGGAGGGCCUGACUGUGGCCCAGCACACCCAGCUGGUCCUCACAUUGCUGCAGAGCCUCUGUGGCCAAAGCCAGCUGCGCUGUGACCUGGCGUCCAAGCUCCUCCAGCUGAUCUUCAGCACACCUAGCAUCCGGACUGAGCAGGUGGCGGAGAUUCUGCACAGCCUGUUCCGGGAGCUACCCAGCAUCCAGUUCAAGAGCAUCCAGCAGACCAUGAUGAAGGCGGUGCUGGACCUGGGCCUGCAGCACACCCAGGAGGUGGUUGAAGUGAUUUUGUCCCUGUGCCACCCCUCAGAGAGGCGGCUCCUGUCCCUGUGGAAGGCCCUGGCUGCCCAGUACCAGUUAGCCCGCAAGGUCAUCACCCUCCUCUACAUGAAGCUGAAGCUCCGGCCCCCUAUGGAGCACGUCCGGACCUCCCACCAGGUCCAGCUCAUCUCCCUGCUGGCUCUGGGAACCAUUUAUGAGCUCCUCUACACCCAGGAGUACAGGGAGACUGUCCGCUGGGCCUUUGCUGGGAUUCUCCUGGGCCUACUCACACAGCUUCACUAUUUGUUUGAGCUGGGAUUUGUGGAGGGCAUCUCAGACUACGAGGAAGACAUCUUGGAGGCCAGGCCCCUCGGGCCCUGCAGGACCUGCCUAGAAGCACUGAAGGGUCUGUUUUGGACCACGCACUACUGGGAGGUGUUUGCCCACAUCAAGCUGCUCCAAGGCUGGCAGCUCUUUGAGCGCGUGGAGACUUACGCAGAGGGCGUGACACUGCUGGCCAGGACUAUGACCCAAUAUAACUGUGAGGUCAAGGCUGUCCUGGGGCAGGCUGUCAUCUUCCUGAAGAGCGUGGAGGAGCGGGACAAUGUUGUAGCCAUCCUCAUCAUCACGGAGUUUCUCAACAGCCCGGACAUCUCCCAGCACACGUCCCGCAAGACCAUCAGCAGCUCCCUGAGCCUGGGCCUCAACCACCCCAGCAAGUGGGUGCGGGCCUCGAGCCUGAGCGGACUCAGCAGCACCCUGAUGCACCCUAAGAAGGUGACCCUGCUCCGAAGUCAGCUGAUGGGGCUGCUAGAAGCCUUCCUGCAGCCCGAUCCCAAGGACCUCCUGGGCCUAAUGCAGAUCCUGGGCGAUCUCCUGCACCGCCUGGGCAUGCAGGGUGUGGGCGCCCUCAGCCUCAAGGUGGCCCAGCACCUGCUGCUCCUGUUUGAGGAUGAGAGGGCUGAGGUGCGAGAAGGCGCCAUCUUCCUGUUUGGGGACAUCAUCCACAGCAGUGGCCACAAGUGUCAGCAGGCACUCAAGGCCCUGGCCGUGCAGGCCCUGGUGCCCCUGCUCUUCCACCUGCUGGACUCCUCCCCCAGAGUGGCCAUGAGGUCCAAGCUCACGCUCCUGCGCUGUGCCAUCGUGCAGAAGUGGGAGUUCCGGAAGGAGCUGUUCAGCAAGCUGGCAUGGGGCCGAGGGCUGGGGGCUGAGAACGACAUUUUCAUCUACAUGAUGGAGAGCAACUUUGGCAGCUACCACCAGUUCCUCAUGCAAGCCUUUACCUACCUGGGCAGCUCACAGAACAACCUGAAGGUGGCAGCCAUGAAGUUCAUCGGGGGCAUGCUGCAGGACUACUUCACCGACCUCUGCUUCUACUUGAAGAAGAGCGAUGUGAAAAUCCUUAAGAACCAUCUGGAGGCCCUCAGCCAGGACACAGACUCCACGUGCCGCAGGUUCUACCGCAGGUCCUUAGCAGACAUCGUGGAACUGUCCUACUUUGUGACCUGA